AUGAAUAGUGGCAGAGCAGGUAGAAAUUAUAUGCUAAAUCAAAACUACGAUGAGGAUCAAAAUAUUCAAGGGAUCCCUAGGUUGCCGCAAUAUCCUAUACCUGAUAGGAUGCAAAUGGAAGUAGCAAGUUAUUAUCCAAGUUUUCCAUACUGGAGAGAGCCUCAAGAAAUUUCAAUAAGUCAUGAAAGACCGAGCGGCCCUCCUCAAAUGUAUUAUUAUUCCCCUGCAAACACUAAUUCGUACGAUGAAUAUGAGCACUAUCAGCAAGAGUGUCAAGAAGAAGCUGUGCUCUAUCCUUUUUAUGGCCCUAUUCGUAAAUAUCAUGGAGAAAACUACAUUGGGUCAGGAUCUUCUCUCUGGAAGACCAUUUAUAACCUCAUAGCUCAAAGAGAUAGAGAAAAUUCACAGUUUUAUAAUAAUAAUAACGAGAGAACUCUCAUGGCAAGUGAAGCUUGAAAUGGCAGCUUCAAACCACUAAACAAAGUGUGCGAAGACCUAUGCAAGCAACAAAAAUCUCCCUCACACCCAGUGACUUCCAGCAGCCAUGAACUUGACACCUUCGAAAACCUAAAAUCAAGACUCCCCGAUCAAAAGGUCACCGAAAGACCUUUCAAAAUAAUCAGAAAAAGAAUCCCCAAACAGGCUCCAAAACAAAAGUCAAAUAGAAGAUCAAGAAAGAGAAAAAGCAGACUUUCAGCCCCUAGAAAGCAAAGAGGGGCUAAUAGAGCCAGAACAACUAGAAAGAGAGAAAGAACAACCAAAGAUCCCAGACCUGUGAGAAAGAACCUCAAUGACCAAGAGCUGAAGGUUAAAUAUGGGAAUUUGAGAAGAAGUCAGAGGAAGCCGAAGCUGGACAAAGAGGAUGGUAAUGAAGAGACUAACAAUGCCAAAACUGCUUAAUUGUUAUAACAGAAGAUAAAGUAAUCUAUCAGCUG